GCUAUCAGCGGUGGGUUCACGUACGAGACAGCAAUGCACAGACAGGAAGUCAUGUGAUGUACACCUGACUGGAGGAGCCAGCAGCCACAUGAUGAGGAGCAGCCCUGUUAGUGCACUAUCAGCCAGCCACACAGAGGGACAAAGACUCUGCAGAGGCUCAGGUGAUCACUAGACUCUGGCUGGAUGGAAUACAGCCACACUGAGGGUACAGUAACGCUGUAUUGAAGCAAUGCUGUCACGUACAGUAUACAGUAACACCACGCCAUCACCAUCCUAUUGCAUGUGCGCCACAGCUGCGGAUGCCCUACACUGCCGGCGAUGGCCAGCAGGGGCAGCCAAUCCCCUCUGCUAGCGGGGCACGCCACGUGACGACCUCAUGCUGCAGAGACCCCACCCACCGUCCCGCUUGACGUACUUCCGGCGUUACCAUAGAAGCAAGCGACGCCGUGCUUUGUUGUCGCUGGGUUGCAACAGAGGAAAGCCAGGUGGUACCGUUGUAGCAGCUGAAGAAGGAUGUCUGAGGUUGAGGAAACAUUGAAGAGGAUCCAGUCCCAAAAAGGAGUGAUUGGAACUAUAGUAGUGAACUCUGAAGGCAUUCCAAUAAGGACUACUCUAGACAACUCCACCACAGUGCAGUAUGCUGGUCUUCUUCACCAGCUCUCCAUGAAGGCUAGAAGCACAGUACGAGAUAUUGACCCUCAGAAUGAUCUUACUUUCCUCAGGAUCCGCUCCAAGAAGCAUGAAAUUAUGGUGGCUCCAGACAAAGACUAUCUAUUGAUCGUCAUCCAGAACCCGUCAGACUGAAACAAAGCACUGGACGGCCCUGCUGGUUAUACCUGUGUUAUCCCCUUCCACUGGAACAUGUUUGUUUUUUAAUUGUUCUCGCUGUUACAUUUAUUAUAAGACUGUCUUCCAGGCCUACAUAUGAUUAGUUUACAAUGAUUCCUCUGGGAAACAGAAAACUGAAGAAAAAUAGAAUAAAAAGUGUAUUUCUGUUCUUGGACUGCAUUAUUUGAGACCUACUAUUAAAGAAAAGCACAAUCUAUAUUUUUAGCCUUGUUGUUUGUAAUCUGACACCAUUUUGGCAGGUGUUUUGCUAUACUGCUGCCUACCUGUUAGCUGACCUAGAUAAUCCCAAAUACGCAAAGAUUUGUCUUCUAAUUACACAGCUGCUAUGAUAAGCGUGGUAUUUAAGCUUGUGACUAUGUCUCCAUUGAGAGGCUAAGAGCUCAGCAGUGCUGUAUGUAGCUGAUUCAUUCUGAUAAUUGUGACACCAGCACAAUGAGAAACCCAGCCUAGGAUAGCCAGUGCCUGCAGCUGAUACAGAAGGGAUGCAUGGGAACAUGGGGAACUCCUAGCAAUCAAGUCCAUGAAAAAUGGUAGAAUCCGAGUGGUUGCUGUGAGCACAGUUACUAAUGCACCAGAAUUCUAACUUGCUGCCCAAGUCCUAAUAUUCUAUAUCUAUUAUUUGUGCUUUUCGUAAUACACAUGGGUAUAUGGUUGAGGAAUUGUUAAUAUGUGUAUAUGUUUUUCUCAUUUACAUCUUACAAUUUCAACCAUCAAAAUAAAGACAUUUAUCAUAAA